AACAGCACACCCACCGCCUCCCAGCCAUCCCACUGCAGGACCCGAACGACGACGAAACCCUCUCCGCUCCUGUUCUCGUAUUCCCCAAAGGGCUUCGCUGCGCCCGCGACUCUCACGAAGUCGCUCUUUUCCACUCAACCCCCUUCGCCAAGCAGCUGAUUUACAACCGUCAAGAUGGGUGACGCAAUUCCUAGCACCACGAUUGUGCCCUUCACAAAUACAGCUAUCUUGCCCUCUUGCGCUGCUGCUUGCGGUCCUCUUUACGAUGCCAACGGUGGCUGUGUUCCACCUGCUGUCGACGCAGCGUUAGGUACAACCGCGUUCACGUCCUGUUUCUGUGCCAACACCGCCGUGACUGCAUUCUCAAGUGCCGUCACGGGUGUUUGCGAUGAUGCCUGUUCCGCUGGUGGGCUCUCUUCUAUCGCCAGCUGGUUCCGCAGCAUUUGCAGUGUCAAAGCCGAUGACACCAACAACAAUAACAACAACAACGACAACAACGGCAACAACGGCGAUGCAGUUUCAUCUACAGACAGUACCAGUUCGACCAGCACUGCCAAAUCAGCGUCAUCAAAUGGCGGCGGCGACUGGCUCUCCAACCACUACCAGUGGGUGAUUAUGCUUGUCAUUCUCGUUGUCGGAAUCGCCGGUAUCUGGAUCGGCGCCUGCAUCUGGCGUCGCCGGUACCUUCGCAAGCGGGACCGCCAGUUGAAUCUCGGCCAGAAGCACUCUGGCUCCGCCUCACACCCCUCUUGGGGACCCGGCGUGGCAUCGGACUCAGUCGCUGCCCCCCACGACCCUGGCUACGAUUCUCAACGCAACUCCCAUGCUGCCAUGUUGAAUGCCGCGAACAAUACCCCUGCCGCUACACCCCCAUUAGUUCAGGAAAAGUCAGCUCCUAAGAACAAGAAGCGCUGGAUCGUCAACGAGCGAACUUAGCACCCCUAGAGUCUCAUCCUCUUGGUCGCCGAUGAUACGUCUUUGUCUCUAUUCUCAUCCCUAUACUGCAACUCGACAUCAUCAAACCGACGAGAAACGAAUGACUCCACGAAACAAGGAUAAGAGAAAUCCGUAUCUCUGUCCAUCG